AUGGAGGGAGUUGCUGGCCCGCCUACCGAGACUCCACCAAGGAGAAAUCCUUCGGGAACGUUCGUUGGAUCUGGCCAACGAAUGAUGAUAAUCAAUUUGUAUAAGAAUAUGAAGAUGGAAGACCCAGAACUGAGGUAUAGGCUCCUCGUGAAAUUAAUUUCGCAAAAACUUGGAAUUGGAGAACUGACAAUAUCCAAAACUAUCACCGAGUUUAAAGCCACGGGAGAUGUGCGCUCGCCCAACAAAAGAAAAAUACGCUGCAAUGUCUUAGAAAAAACGUCGGAGAGCGAUAUUCUUGCGAUACGCAGGAAGGUGCACGAGUUCUGGUUGAACAAGGAAAUUCCGAACGUGAGGAAAAUUUUAACUCGCGUAAAUGAAGACGCGAAUUUACCAGCCUUCACAUACUCGUCCCUAUACCGGCUGUUGAAACGGAUGGAGUUCAAAUAUAUUGUUCGUGGGCGCAAUAGCGCCAUGAUUGAUAAAGAGUACAUCGUGUCGUGGCGCCAAAAAUACGUACAUGCAAUCCAAAACUAUCGUUCUGACGGACGACCCAUUUACUACCUGGAUGAGACCUGGGUAAAUGCGGGUGAUGUUAGGCGCAAACUAUGGGUGGAUACAUCCGUCACCAGUCCCAAAAAUGCAGCUGAGAGGGGUCUCACAACAGGAAUCCCGCCACCGGCAAACAAAGGAAAGAGGCUAAUAGUAGCCCACAUCGGGUCGACAGAUGGGUUUAUACCCGAAGGCUUCCUCUGUUUCGAGUCGAAAAAAAAUACUGCUGACUACCACGACGAAAUGAACGGCGAUACAUUUUUCGAUUGGUUUAGAACUUUUCUGCCCAUGCUAUGA